AUGCCAGGACAUCUAGCUAAAGAGAUUGGAUACAUAUUGAUUCGGGGGUUGAAAGAACAGAUAUUGCAGUCUUUCCGUCGAUCACACAAAACCUGUCUCACCAACAGAACUGUCGAAGUAGAAGCUCACAAUUCUGCGAGUCCACAGAUUGUAGUAGGGAACGAGUUCUUGUCCGACCCUUGUAGGACUGAUCAAUUCCUGGCAAAUAUACUGAAAAAGGAGGCAACCGACUUGUAUACAAGGCGUGCGGAGCUGGGUUGCAUAGCAUUGUGGCAGACGGGAUGCAUUCACUACAUCCCAAAUCCCUUGGUUACCAUGCACAGCUGUACUGCGUGCAUGGCGUAUGCUCCAAUGGUGUCGAGAUACCCCUGGUCUACUGCAUCACCGCCAAGAAAACGGAGCGAACCUAUCUGA